UAAGUCCAGCACGAGCUUUCGCGUGAGUACCGCGCGUGCUUUACAUGAAGGCUUGACGAAUAUAUAGCUGGCUCAUCCGACUUAGUUACGGGCCGUUUUGUGCAUUGUGAGAGCGAAUUUUGAAAAGAACACCAGAAAACGAGUUAACUAAUCGGGGAUCGCCAAACUGAACUUGCAAAAGUUUGUUAUGAAAAAAUACAGAUGAUCACUGAAUAGUUCGGUGGAUUUAUACACCAGCGUACGCAUGAGUGAGAGCGACGUAGUGAGGGCCUCACGCGCGACCAACGAAAUCUCGGACCAAUAGUUCCCCGAUGGUGUAACCUAAUCGCGGCACUUUAAAUUAAAUGGAAGCGCAUCUCGAGCAAUGAGCGGAUUUAAGUGCAUCUGAAGAAUUUAUAGAAAUUUCUUCAGUUUCCACAAUAUUUCAUUUUGUCAUUCUUGAAGUGAGGUGAAAGGAUUUAAUUGCGAUGUUUGUUAAAAGAGGAAUAUAAUUUUUUAAUGUAUUCUUAUACAGAAUAUUUAUGAAAAUUUUAGAGUUGGAUCUGCGAUUUUGGUAUUACCUUUAGGAAUGGUUUUGGAAGAUGUCUGCAGCAAAAAGAAUUUCCUUCGAUCAUUAGUUUUGAGGAAAAAAUAUGCUGGUGUUGUGUUUGAGUGUUCUUCUUAUGACAGUUUUGGAAUACACAUCUGGAUCUGGCUAUUUUGAAAUCCAAAUUACCGCAAUCCAGAACCCCAGGGGUGAGGUAUUGAAUGGUACCUGUUGCGAUGGGCUGCGGAAUUUGAACGGCUCUUGCAGUGAUGAGUGUGAUACUUUUUUCCGGGUUUGUUUGAAGGAGUAUCAAAGUCGGGUAACCUUUGAUGGUUCCUGUACUUUUGGAAACAAGACCAGUCCCAUUUUGGGAGGAAACACUUUUACCUACCCCCCUGAUUACAACCGGACCAGAUUAAAAUUACCUUUUGACUUUGCUUGGACGAGGUCCUAUACCCUUAUUCUGGAAGCCUGGGACCAAGAUACAAUGGCUUAUGGUGGUCAAUUGAUCGAGCGGGCUGCCCACUCUGGCAUCAUUCUGCCCGGUCAGGACUGGCACACCAUCACCCACAACGGUCCAACAGCCAGCCUCAUAUACAGAAUCCGCGUGGUGUGUGAUGACCAUUACUACAACACAACCUGCACCAAAUUCUGUCGCCCUCGGAAUGACCACUUUGGACAUUACACCUGUGAUAGAAAUGGAGACAAGGUCUGCAUGCAAGGUUGGAUGGGAAACAACUGUGAAAAAGCCAUAUGCAAGACUGGGUGCAGCCACGGGUCAUGUGAUUCUCCAGGGGAGUGCAGGUGCUCUUAUGGAUGGCAAGGUGCUCUGUGUGACCAGUGUAUCCCCUACCCAGGCUGUAAGCAUGGAUCCUGUAACGGCUCACCCUGGAGCUGUGACUGUGACAUGAACUGGGGAGGAAUUCUGUGUGACAAAGAUCUGAAUUAUUGUGGCCGACAUCAUCCAUGUUUGAAUGGUGGGAUCUGUAAGAACACAGCUCCUGACAGUUAUGAAUGCACCUGCUAUGAAGGUUUCUCUGGUGUUAACUGUGAAAUUGCUGAGCAUGCAUGUUCCACCAAGCCAUGUAAGAAUGGAGCUAGCUGUAUUGACACGAUGGGUGGGUUCAUCUGUACGUGUGCCCCGGGCUGGACUGGGGCAUUCUGUGAGGGAUACGUCAAUGAGUGUGCAUCAGAUCCGUGUCUCCAUGGGGGCACAUGCGUGGACGGCAUCAACAGCUAUAGGUGCCUGUGUCCCCCAGGCUGGGGCGGGGCUCACUGUCAGCUGGACUCGGACGAGUGCAGCGGUAGUCCCUGUGUGAAUGCCCACUCCUGCCAGGAUCUUCAGGGAGGAUACAAGUGUCACUGUCAGACUGGAUGGACAGGGAAGAACUGCGACAUCAACAUAAACGAUUGCCAUCAUCAAUGUCAAAACGGAGGACACUGUGUGGACUUGGUAAAUUCCUACCAUUGUGCGUGCAUGCCGGGUUAUACUGGUCGGCACUGCGAGACAGAAAUCUGUGAAUGCUGCAGCUCCCCUUGUCAGAAUGGGGCCACGUGUCACGAACAGGUAGCAGGCUACACCUGUGAAUGCCAGGUUGGCUAUACCGGAUUCAACUGCCAGGUUGAUGUUGACCCAUGUCAUCCCAACCCUUGCCUGAAUGGAGCCAGUUGUUUCAAUGUACAAGGUGACUACUACUGUCACUGCUCUGACCACUGGGAGGGGCGACAUUGUGAGAACACAAAGUCAACCUGUAUGUCAGGGUCAUGUCAAGUGAUAGACAGUUGCACCAUCGCCCUGCAGUCUAAUCACACGGAGACGGGCGGGGUACAGCUCAUCUCCUCCAAUGUGUGUGGGAAACAUGGCAUGUGCAUUAGUAAACCUGAUGGGGGUUUCACUUGUGCAUGUGAUCUCGGUUUCACUGGGGCAUAUUGCCAAGAGAAUGUGAAUGAUUGUAAAGAGAACCCCUGUCUUAAUGGUGGCACCUGCAUUGAUGGCAUCAACAACUACCAGUGUAUCUGCAAGGAGGGAUGGGAAGGAGUCCACUGUAACAUAAAUAGGAACGAGUGUUCACCAAAUCCUUGUCGUAACGGUGGCUUCUGCAUUGAUCUGGUGGCCGACUUUGUCUGUGAAUGUGUCAAUCACUGGAAGGGCAAGACAUGCACCCUCAGAGAUUCUCAAUGUGACCGAGACACUUGUAAGAAUGGGGGCACCUGCAGUGACCUUGGGGACACUUUCACCUGUAACUGUCCAAAGAAAUUUGAAGGCAGCACUUGUCAGCUUUCCUCAGUGAAAGCCUGUGAUUCCUCCCCCUGUCACAAUGGAGGGACUUGUGUGAACAGUGGUGAUAGCUUUACAUGUAUUUGUAAGGAUGGUUAUGAAGGACCAUUGUGUGAAGCUGACAUCAACAACUGUAACCCUUUUCCAUGUUACAAUGGUGGUCGCUGCAUUGAUGGCAUCAACUGGUAUAGGUGUGAGUGUGCAAAAGGCUUUGCUGGACCAGACUGUCGAGUCAAUAUUAAUGAGUGUGCCUCCUCGCCAUGUACUUUUGGAAGCACCUGUAUUGAUGGUAUAGGCGAGUACAAAUGUAUCUGCCCACCUGGUCGUACAGGGAGGAAAUGUGAGGAGGUGGUAGGGCAGAUCCCCUCCCCACUCUCCUGUGAGUUCAACCGAAGAAUCUACUCAGAUCAAACCACUUGGGAACAUGAAUGCAAUUCCUGCACUUGUACAAAUGGUGCCAUCAAAUGCAGUAAAAUUUGGUGUGGACCUAAAAACUGCAUCUCGCAUCAGAAUAUAACAGAAUCAUUAGAAGUAUGUAGUCCUAAGCAGUCCUGUGUGGUGGAGACAGAGCACAACUGCUUUGUCCCUCCUUGUCUCCCCUGGGGUCAGUGCAAGGACAUUGACAAGGUCAAUGACCCUCUCCCCCACAGCAUCAACACAAACUGUGUUCCCAAUGCAGCAGAACUUGGCAACAACUGUGCCAAAAUCACUCUAAUCUUUGAACUCAAGAAAAUGCCUGUGGGCAUUACCGUGGAAUUUAUCUGCGACACUCUCCGACAGUUUCCUGUCCUACAAGACUUGUCACAUGAUCAAGAUAUCUACAUUCUAUGUGAAGUCCAGUCUGGUCAUCCAGACACUUUAGAAGUGCUAAUAUCAUCCGAAAGCACUUCAGUAAAAUCUGAUGAACUGGACCCAGAGUUGAAGUCUGCGGUCCACAAGCUGACCAGUAUUAUCAGCCACAAAAAGUCCAACAGCAGUGCCCUGUCUGCUGUAAUUGAGGUCACCGUGGAGACCAUUGUCACCAACUCUGCCCAAAAGUCAGAGGCAGGGCUGCUUAUUCCAGUCAUCUGUUCUGUGAUUGGAGUAGUAGGACUUCUAGUUAUAAUUGUGCUAUUUGUGUGUCAUUUUCGUCGUAAGAAAGAAAUCGCAAGGAGGCGAGCAGAGGCACAAUAUGUUGAACAAAAAACAAACAAUGAAAAUGAAGAGAAUCUUAGACGAUACAAAAAUCCAUUGUAUGCUGGAACGGAUAAAGGCGGAGGGACGAGGAAAGUGUCUGCAUCUGAGUUUCAUGAAGUGGAUUUAGAUAAAUUUGAAAACUUAGAAAAGAGUCCGACAAGGUUACUCAGUGGGCGAUCAGAUUCGCCGAACGAUUCCAAUGAUUGGAAUAAUUCUAGUCCUCCAACAAAAACUGUCAAAAAAGACAUCAAUAUUGAAUUAUCACGAUCCAGAGCUCGCGUAAGGGCCGCGGAAAGAGAGCUCAUAGAAAUCUCUCGGACUAUUGCUGCUGACUUACGGUCUGAAAAUGAGGUCAUGGUGUGACCUUUGACCUAGAAAGCAGAUGACUAAGUCAUUAAUCCCAAAUGUUUUGAUGUAACUUUGUUUAUAUUUGUGAGUUUUAGCAGUAGAUGAUUGAUCUCAAUUUUUUUCUCUACUCUGUGCCAUGCCUUGAACCUUUAAUAGCUGAUGUCAACACAUGACUUGCAUGCAUCCCAGAGGCCACCUCUCGGGGUUCAUUUUUUAAAUGAUAACUGCUUAUAUAUCUGUCUAAUGUUAUGGUCAAUGUUGUUUGCCAUUUCCCUUUCACAGACAAACACAAAUGCUCAUUCUGUAUGUCCGUCCCAUCAGGAAAUGCUCCAAUUCUGGUCCAAGCAUUUACUUCUGAUUAAGAAAAUAUGAAAGGACUAUAUAUGAUAUGGGCCUAAAAUGGCCCCCUAAAAUGAACAUUAUCAUUUUACUGUAAUUCUUUGAUUUUUUAGUUCAGAUAUACAUGUGAUGUGUUUACAUAAUAUUCAUUUUGAUUCAAGUGCCCACAAUAUAGAAAUAUGACAUCGUAAAGACAACCUUUUCCCGCCAUUUUUGCAUUUUUAGCAUAAAACAGCUUGUUUUCAAGCUGUUUUUCUUUCGUAAGACAUAAAGCACAUGCUUGAACAAACAAAAUAUUUUAAUCAGAUAUGUAUCUAGCCAAGACUAAUAAGUGACAAAAUUUUUUAUCUUGUUCAAGCAUGCGCUCUAUGUUUCCCAUUCGUAAAAAGAUAAGACAAAUGUCAAUUUUUAACUGAUUUUGAUUGAAUUCUAAAAAUAGCAUCACUUCUGACUUCAUAUACUGCCAGUGAGUGUAAAUAAAUCAAAUAAAUAUAUGAAAAAUAUAUUUUUAUCAACUCUUCUAAAAAAUAAGUUAACUUUUUAGUGUACCCGAAACACUUCAAAAAUGGCAAAUUAUUGGGGCCAAAUUUAACUCAUAUCAUAUAAUGUUCUUUCUGUCCGUACUUAAUACAUGUAUGAUGACUGAAAGUAAACAAAAAUUCCAAGGGCUAGAAACAUUCUUUACCUUAGGCAAAUUUGGAUAUCUAUUUUAAACCUUUUAUUUAAAUAUAUCUUUUGAAACAUUAAUACUUUUUAAAUUUCUUUAGUUGUCAGUAUUCUUGAGAUUUGAAAAUGUUUUUACUUGCAUGUAGGGGUUAUUAUCAAAACAAAUAAAUUUUCUCUCCCCUUCCUCUAAUUUAUUAUUCUGUAAUUCAUAUGAGAGAUAUAAAAAAAUAGCAAGAUUGGCAUGGCACAACAUCCAAAACUCAGGUAAAUUAUUACUCUAAUCAAAUUACUACAAGCAAGUCCUGUCAACCAAUUUUACAUGAUAACACACACAAUAUACAAUCCACUUUCUACCUUUGAUACAGUAUUUACCUACCAAUCUGACCACUUUUAUUCUCCCAGGAACAAGAGAUCUUAGAGCUAGACAUCUGCUGCUGAGCUAAGAAAAGGCAGCAGACUUUUACGCUUCAUCUCUUUACUCCAUUUUGAAUACAUCCCGGCGUUACUGCUGAUGCAUUUUCAUAGGGCAAUCAUGCAACAACCAUUCUUUUAGUAUUUUUUUUAAAAAUUGUUUACGCCUCAUCCCAAACAAUCCAGUACUUACACUGUGUAUCAUUUCAAUACUGAAGCAAUCCAUUGUAUUACUAUUAUUCAUCAUGGACAUUCACGUUUAUAAUUGGAGAAGAAAAAUAUGGUAAUAAAGCCUCCUUAUAGGGGAUGUGCUUUACACGUAGCUGAAAAAAAUAUUUUUGAAGUAACUGAUUGUUGGAAGCUUGCAGGUACCUGUAUUAAAUUUGGUUUGGUCCCUAAAUACACCUUUGAUGUCAAGGGUGUUUAUUGUCUUUACACACCUUUACACAGUUUUAAACCUCAUCCAUAAUCAGGCCACCCUCCUGUGAAAUUAUUCUUCAUGUGCAUUUCUGAAGUACAAGGAGGUACAGCAAAACCAAUCAUGUUUACAAACGUCUAUAUUUACUUGAAGCUCAAAAGUCACAAAAUAGUGCUGUGUUUAUGUCACUUUUUUUGAAGCUUAUAAAUUAAUUUACACCAUGCAACAUGUUUAUUUAUAAUUACUUUUUCAGCUUUGACACUAUUGCAUAAAUCCGUUUUAUACUUACAUGUAUUACAAAUGUUAACCCCAUGUGGGUCUCAUGCAUGUAAAUAGGGGCUUUCCAACCGUGUUGAAAAGACACAUACUUGUGCAAUUCUUUGUUGUUUUAAUUGUGAUAAAUCUUUCCAUUCAUCCAUGUAUUUAGAUAGUGAUGUCAUUGAUGUUACAAAAACUGUCACAAGAAGAUACCGCAUAUUGAUAAUCACAUUAUAACAUAUAAACUUAUAUUUAAUGUCAUUAUUUAACUAAUUCAUUGAAUAAUGAUGUCCAUUUUCUUGUGACAUUUUUUCGGUGUCAUUUUUAAUUUUGAAAAAAUGAAUAUUGUAUGUAAGCUGCAUGUAUGUGACAAUAAAUGUCAAAAACAGAAUAAAAUAUGUGGUUUAAAAUACAAAAAGUUUUAUUAAAUAGCCAACAGAAAUGGUAAUAAAGUAUUAAAUGGUU